AAAGGACAUUUAAAUGGCUACACUCUGCAGAACUGUACAGUCGCUCGCGCUGUCAUGAAAUAACUUCAUUCUUAUUUCACUCCUGGUCAUUUAUUUGCGGUUUGCUUUUCUGCGUUUCUUGUAUUGCAAAUAGAGAUUCAAAUCACUCGUAUACAUCUACGCACGAAAAGCCACCAAAAAUGAGCGAGGAGGAAGACACAUUGGUGAAAACUAGACAUGCAUUUGAAGAUCUGUGUCGAGCACUGAAUAUGGAUGAGGAGUCGAGUAACAGUGCAUGGAGGAGUUAUGAAAAUAUCAGCAAAAAUUACACUCUGGAGGGCAGUGACCUGCACUGGUUGGCGUGUGCGCUGUAUGUGGCCUGCAGGUCUUCAGUGCCCACUAUAGGCAAAGGCACAGCGGAGGGCAACUACGUAUCGCUGACCAGGAUCCUGCGCUCCUCACAGCAGAGCCUGAUCGAGUUUUUCAAUAAAAUGAAGAAAUGGCAGGACAUGGCCAACCUGCCCAUCGAGUUCCAGCAGAGCACAGAGAAACUGGAGAGGAACUUCACCGUCACGUCUGUCAUCUUCAAGAAAUAUGUGCCCUUAUUCAAAGACAUCUUCAAGGCGCCCACAGAUGAAUUACCCAGAGUGCACAGAGGCAGGAAACAGAGACGACAUCCCUGCACCGUCACUGAGGUGUUCAAUUUCUGCUGGAUCCUGUUCAUACAUGCGAAAGGAAACUUCCCAAUGAUCAGUGAUGAUCUGGUGAACUCGUAUCAUCUGCUCCUGUGUGCUCUGGAUCUGGUUUACUGCAACGCUCUGCUGGGCUCCAGUCGUAAAGAUCUGCUCAACCCAGCCUUUAAAGGGUUGCCUGAGGACUUCAACAGUAAAGAUUAUAAGCCAGGCCCAGGCUCAUUGUGUUUCAUAGAGCAGCUGUGUGAACUCCAUGAUGGGCUGGUGCUGGAGGCCAAAGGAGCAAAGGAGCAUUUCUGGAAACCCUUCAUCAAGAAACUCUUUGAGCGCAAGGUUUUGAAAGGAAAAGAAGACACGCUGACAGGAUUUUUGGAGCCGGUGAAUUUUGGUGACAGUCUUGCUUCUCUAAACCGUGUGUAUGAGGAACAUGUGUUAUCGUCCGGUUCUCUGGAUGAGAGAGUAUUUCUGGGAGAAGCGGCCAGGGAAGACAUCGGUACCCCAGGACCUUGUUUCUGUGAAGGGAUAGAGAACCAGGAACAACCCAGCAACUAUAUGACAGCGUCUGCUCUGAAAGUGUGUACUCCUUUGACAGGAAGGAGGUACGUGCCGGAGAGCAGCGUGGGUACCCCCGUUUCCAUGGCGAUGCAAAGUGUGGGCCGUCUGCACACGCUGCUGACAGGAUUCAAAUACAGACCCAGCACGAGACUCAGAGACGUAUUCAGAUCUUGUGUAAGAGACCCCAGUGAGUCCAUAGCAGCAAGGCUGAAGGAUAUGUCAGAGAUCUUUCUUCAGAGUUAUCAGGGAACAGGAGAGGAGAGCAAGAAUCUGGCCAGAGAUGUUGCAGUGAAGUAUUUUUGCUUGGCUGAGGCACUUUAUUACAAAUCCCUGGAAGUGAUCAUCAGCCAGGAGAAGAAAAGGCUUGGAGACGUGGACCUGUCUGGCAUUCUAGAGCAGGACGUAUUCCACCGGUCACUGAUCGCCUGCUGUCUGGAGAUCGUCAUCUUCUCGUACAGACCACCGGGAGAGUUUCCCAGAGUCCUUCAGAUAUUUGACCUCCCCGCUUAUUACUUUUACAAGGUGAUUGAGGUGUUGGUGCGGGCGGAGGAGGGUCUUUUCCGGGAGGUCGUCAAACACCUGAACCAUGUUGAGGAGCAGGUGCUGGAGUCCCUGGCGUGGAAAGGAAACUCCCCGCUGUGGGAGAGCAUCCGAGAGGCCAAGAACUGUGUUCCCGCCUGCCAGGAGGUAAUGCCGCCUCAACACCUGGAGGACGGUUCAGGAAGCACCACACACACUCCCAACAAGACUGAGUUCAGCAGUAAGAUUGCAGGAAAAGGAGUUUCUCCGUCCCCUGCGUCUCUCCAUGACCGCUAUAGCUCGCCCCCUACUGGCACAGCCUGCCGGCGCCUCUUUGUGGAUGGAGACACAACCUCUGAGCCUGCUCAAACUGUGAAAGUGGCCCAGCCGUCUCUGGUCAGCACCAUCUCCGCUGGCCAGACGGUGGUCACCAUGGCAACAGCGACUGUCACCGCAAACAACGGCCAGACUGUCACCAUACCUGUUCAAGGAAUAGCAAAUGAGAGCGGUGGCAUCACAUUUAUCCCGGUGCAGGUGAGCGUGACGGGUCAGGGUGGGGGGGCGCUGCCAACCCUCAGUGCCCAGGCUCUGACGGGCACCCUGACGGCAACACACACAGGACCGGUCCAGAACAACCCCAGCCCUGCCAAAACGGACAAGAAGAGCCCUCAGCAGGGAACACCCACCCAACGAGCACAGAAGACCGGCUCCCUCUGCCUGUUCUUCCGCAAGGUGUAUCACCUGGCUAGUGUGCGCCUCAGAGACCUGUGUGCUAGACUGGACAUCAGCGCUGACCUGCGCAGGAAGAUCUGGACGUGUUUCGAGUAUUCACUGGUGCACUGCACUGACCUGAUGAUGGACCGGCAUCUGGACCAGCUCCUCAUGUGUGCCGUCUACGUCAUGACUAAGGUGACGAAAGAGGACAAGUCCUUCCAGAACAUCAUGAAGUGCUACAGGUCUCAACCUCAGGCCAGCAGCAGUGUGUACAGGAGUGUGUUGAUCUCUGGGAGGAAAAGACGGCAUUCAGGAACCAGUGAAAACCCCCACAGACAGAGCUCGCCCACUGAAGGAGGACAGGAGCAAGCCAGCGGUGAGAGCAGUCCGGUGUCCAUGCGCUCCAGCAGUACUCUCCCCAUCCCCCAGCCCAGCAGCGCCCCCUCCACCCCGACCCGGGCCCCCGGGGGCCCCCAGGAGCCGGACGAGGACAGGGGAGACCUCAUACGCUUCUACAACCACGUCUACAUCAAACAGAUCAAACCGUUUGCUCUGCGCUACUCCAGCAACUCGCCCAAAAAUGGGGCUGAAACUCCUCCCCUCUGUCCGUAUCCCUCUCUCCGCAUUGGCUCUCCUCGCCGGGUCCUCCUGUCCCACAAUCACUCCAUCUACAUCUCUCCACACAAGACCGGCUGCUCGGUUUCUCCACGGGACAAGAUCUUCUACUCCGUCAGCUCCAGUCCAUCUAACCGGCUCCGCGAGAUCAACGUGAUGAUCCGCACGGGCGAGACGCCCACCAAGAAGCGCAGCAUCGGCCUAGAGGAGGAGCAUCAGUCGCCCGCCAAACGGCUGUGCCAGGAGAACCAGACGGCGCUGCUCCGACGCCUGCAGGACGUGGCCAACGACCGCAGCUCCUCGCACUGAUCCCUCACACACACACACACACACACACACUGUGCCAGGUUCAUCAAGCCAAAGACACUCACACAUGCUGUUUAUAUUUAGAGGAAUAGUUCACUUCACACCAAAACAACAACAACAACAAAAUCACUCAAAAAAUCUGUUUCGCUACUUUUUAUGUGAAACACACAAUUCAUUUUUAUAUUUCCAAACAACUCUGGAAUAUCCUAUUGAGCCUCGCUUAUGACACGCAAGAGAGAACAAUAGAUACUGUGGCAUUGAAUUUAUAAUUCAUUCCCAUGACUUAAUAAUUCGUGCUCACUUUCAAUUCAUUCAUUCCCUUAUUUUAGGUAAAUCGUGGUCAUGUUGUACUAAUUCUUUCCCUCGUUUUACUUUAGUUCAGUGAUAACUACGAUACAGGUUUUCUUCUGUAUUCUGCAGGUCGCAUCUCUUCCAAAGACACUCAGACAUGCCGUUGACUCAUUCCUUGUUUUAGGAGACUUAUGGCCAUUUUGUACCUAUUUGUUCCCUCAUUUUAAUUGAGCUAAUAAUAGCCAAAAUUUCACUAAAAUAAAGGAGUAAAUUAGUACAACAUGGCCACAAUUUACUUAAAAUGAGGAAAUGAAUUAAGAAUUUGUUCCCAUGACUUAUUAAUUCGUCGCCAAGUUCUACUAAUUAGUCAAGUCAUCUUUAUUUAUAUCGCGCUUUUUACAAUACAGAUUGUAUCAAAGCUUCACUGUGAUAACAUAA